AUGUCCUUUCGUGACUGCAUCACUCGACAGAUCAGUGCAAGCAAAGACGCGCCCACUGUCGAAGCUCCACUGGCACAGGCAGCUGCAGCUUCUCGCACUCCUCCAGCUUCCUCCCGGAAAGACGCCUUCCUGAGCAAGUGCAGCGCUGGAGGAACUGCUGCAACAGCGCCAGAGGGCCCCGCCUGUAGCGUAGCUUCAUCAGAGACGGCGGGUGGUUUUUGCGAUCAUGGAGAGGGAAGGGGGAUUCCAGGAUUGCUUGAAGGCAGCAAUGGAGUAGCUGAGAUCGCACGCAGUGACGGCAUCAGUCUGCAACAUAUAGCCCGCAGGUCGAACCACAGCGGCUGUGCUGCCUCUGAGCGCAGUGGAGUUUGCGGCAGAGGCAAAUUAGGCCAUCGCAUAAUUAACGCCUCAGCUCCCAUCACCUUCACCAAAACUUUCUGCGCCUCUGUACAGUUGGCCGCAUUCACACGUACCCCUGAGUGCUACUUGAACGCGGAGGCAGUGCACGCGGCAGCAGCAGCAGCAGAAGCAGUAUAUGAGAAUUCCGUCUCUUCGCAGCGUUUAACAGAUUCUACGAUCGCCGAUCAGAGUAAGCAAAUAGCAGGAAGAAGCUUGGGGGCAGCCCAGAGGGUGUGUAUAUCCCAGGAGGCGGCAAGACAGAACGAGAAGCAAAGGAAAGAAGCAGCACAACCCGUUUCUUUGCAGCGCCCCAACGAAACCAUGCAGAACACAGGGGACGAUAAUACAAACGGUAAGAGGGAAGCUUCCGGAUGCCCACUGCAGACAUCUUCUUUUGGGCAAAGCAGCCGGACUGCUGUUGUCACGCGACCCAUGCUGGGAUCGUGGCUUUUCGGCAGUUCGGGGACUUCAACGGAACUUGAACGGCUUUUGAAGGAAGAGAGUGACCUUGCAGAAAAUGCAGCAGCCAAAAGCGAGCUAGCCGCUACCAAGCUGUUGCAAGAGGACAUGGAGGCGAUGAUUGCCAACUUGCAGCAUGUCAAGGGCUUUCUUGUUGCGAAACUGCGAGAAUGCGAAACGGCCCUACUGACGACGGCGCAGGAACGAGACGACUUAGAGGCAACUCUCCAGCAGAUUCAAAGUGGAAUUCAAGACAGUGUUGCAACGAACCGUCGCCAGGCUGAGGAGUGCAAAGAGAGGCUUGUCCACAAAGAGCGGGAGGUGGAGGAGCUGCGAGCUCAGCUAGAACAGGCGACGGCGGAGGUGUUGACCUUGAAGAAAGAAAAUGAAAUACUGAAGUUAGAAGUUAACGUGGCGCGCGUUGAAGCGGCGGACGUGGCAGCUGCUGAUGGCUUCCGCAUCGAAGAGUAUCGGCUGGCCCUCCAGACACUCAUGGAACAGAACAAAGCCCAGCGGCGGGAGCUGAAGCGGCUCCGUGGUCAGCUGAUUAAGACGCGAGAGGACCUCGCGAGCGCGUUGGCAAGAGUGGACGAGCUGGAGACUAUGGAGGAAUUCAGGAGGUCGCAGACACGCCAGAGUGACAUGCCAGCUGCCCCUCAAGACGCAUGCCCAAGCAGUGGGCUCGGCGUUAGGGGUCCCCACGACAACUCCGAGGGACGUGGGGACCUACAUAGCAUCGGCGGGACCCCAUUAGAUGAGUGGCGUGCUAUUUGCAGAAAGCACCAGACAGAAACGCAGGCCGAUGGGGCGCCAGAGACCAAUCCAUCCGCUUGUGAUGUAGCAGACGCAGCAGCAUUCCGUGAGAGCGAUAGAAGAUCUGAUGACGCAGAUGGCAACUUGCUCAUCUGCACAGGGACGAACAGCGGCAGCCAGGGGCAUGGAUGCACACAUAGAGGGAAGGGUUUGGGGAGGAGUGUGAAGGGCUUGCUAGCCUCGGGAGUCACGCAGCUGCUGCAGCGUAUUGAGUAUGCCAUCUCGACAGAUAGAGAGCCCCCUGAGUUCUCGUCAGAUCGCGAGUCGCAAGCAAGUGAAGACAUAGCACAGCCAGAAGAGGAACGAGGGCUGCACGAAGAAGCAGCGCUCUUCCUGCAACGCACAAGCGGCAGCAGCGACCUCAUCGUGCCCCUGGAAGAUGGACGGCAACCGGAAUCAGAUGGGGAGGACGACGGCAUCAGCCCCCAAGCGGGAGAUUCAAGAACUCUGGGAAACGUGGCACGCAGCGUGUGGCAGGCGGCUCAUGGACUGCUUGCAGACAGGGCACUGCCCCCAGCACGCCUCUCCACCCUGCGUACAGUUGCUGCAGGAAAUCCCUCUGCAUGGGAGGUGCUUCGUGAGCGGCACCGGGCAGCAAAGUCGAUGCCGCUAUUCAGCAGCAUCCCACCUACAGCCUAUCCCUUAAUAGCACAGGCUGGGGAUCACCGCCAAAGUUGUUCAGCCACAGUCAGGCAGGGAGAGGCCGCCUCCACCACAAGUAGGGCCGCUGCUGCAUCACAGCGCAGGGGCCCUGCAGUGCAAGCUGAUCCAGGUGCCUUCAAAACGCGGCCUUCAGGGAGAAUCGAACCUGUGCGGCGCGGCGUAUCCCCACAGGGUUGUAUGACGGUAGAACUACCUUCCGGGCUGCCUACAUGCGCUUCUGUGCCCCUUGAUGUUGUCGAAAGUGCUGCGAAGCUGCGCAGCGAUUCCAGCACAAAGGCAGCUUCAUCUCCAGCGAUUGCGGUGGACCUAAAAACUGCAACAGCUACUGACCAAAGCACUGCUUCUGGCGCAGCGGAGUCGAAAAUUCCGCAGACAGCGAGCUUUUCACAUCACUCGGGAGAGCUAGAAGAAAGCUGUCACGGCCUUGACCCCACCGAGACGGAACCCGACGACGCAGUCGUUUUUUCAGAAGAAGCAGAUGCUGCAGCAGAGGAUAGGCGACUGGAGGACAAUAGAGUGUGA